CAACAAGCCUCAUUACAAGGAAGUCCAAAUUAAUCAGCAGUUUGAACACCACUCAUUUUUAGUUGAUUUUUAAUCAUAUCAGCUAACUCACCUUAAUUAAAAGGAAUCAUGACUACAAGUAGUAAAGAUGGAGAAAUUACCAACGCCAUCAUCAAAAAGUUCCAGACAGCUUUUUUAGCAGAACCAAAGAACAGACUUGCCCAGAAUGUGGUUACUAAAUACGAUCCUCUGGAGGUCUGCAUGGACCAUACUGAGUCUCAGACAGUUUCCCAUGCUUACACAUAUAAGGUUCCUGAAGUAAAACCAGUGACGAAUCAGAAGGCAAGUGGUCGAUGUUGGAUCUUUGCUUGCUUAAAUGCAAUGCGGUUACCAUUCAUGAAACAAAUGCAACUUGAAGAUUUUGAAUUCAGCCAAUCAUAUCUAUUUCUUUGGGAUAAGAUAGAAAGAAUAAACUACUUCCUCCAUUCAUAUGUGGAAGUUUUUAAGAAAGGUGAGACUCCAGAGGGCAGGCUUGUUAGUUUUCUUCUGUCAAAUCCAACGGAAGAUGGCGGUCAGUGGGACAUGCUCGUGAACCUGAUAAAUAAGUACGGCGUGAUGCCGAAGAAACUCUUCAAAGAUGUCUAUACCUCAGAGGCUUCGUCAAAGAUGAAUAUGUUACUGAAAAAUAAGAUACGUGAAUUUUCUAAGAAACUAAAUGAGAUGGUCCAGGAGAAGAAAACUGAUGAAGAAAUCAAUGCAGAGAUACUCGGCAUGAUGCAAGUGGUUCAUCGUAUAGUGUCUAUAUGCCUUGGAACUCCUCCUACCUCCUUCACUUGGGAUUACUAUGACAAGAACAAAGUUUACAAGAAGAUAGGACCAAUAACGCCAAAGGACUUCUAUGAGCAACAUGUUAAGCCAUUUUAUGAUGUCAAUGAUAAGGUUUGUAUAGUGAAUGAUCCAAGACCAACAAAUACAUAUGGCAAGCUAUACACCGUUGAGUAUCUAGGCAAUAUGAUAGGUGGACGUAAAACCCUUUACAUUAAUCAGCCAAUAGAGAGUAUGAAACAGAUGACUGCAGCUUCUAUUAAGGCUGGAGAGGCAGUAUGGUUUGGUUGUGAUGUUGGCAAGCAUUUCCACGGCAAGUCCGGAGUCCUCAACAUGGAUCAGCAUAAUUACGAGGUGGUGUUUGAUACGAAUGUUAAUGGUCUAUCCAAGUCUGACAGGCUUAUCUAUGGUGAAUCUUUAAUGACUCACGCUAUGGUGUUCUCAGCAGUAUCCAUCGAUGAAGCCGCCACGGAAGAGAACAAUGGAAUGAAGACAGUAAAGUGGAGAGUUGAGAACUCAUGGGGAGAGGAAAGAGGAAACAAAGGAUAUCUAAUGAUGACAGACAACUGGUUCUCGGAAUAUCUAUACGAAGUGGUGAUUGACAAAACAUAUGUUCCUGCAGAUGUAUUGGCAAUCAUGGACCAGGAACCUGUAGUACUGCCUGCCUGGGACCCUAUGGGUGCUCUAGCAUGCUCCAAUGCCGAGGAUUCAACUUCAGUAGCCUGCUCCAAACUCUAAUGACACAUUCUGCAGACCUUAUGUUUUGCAGUCUAUGGACCUCUGGAAUGACAACAGUAUACCCUUUGUCUCUUGUCCAUAGACAUCUUGAUCUGUUGUCUAUAGACACUCAGGUUAAUAUCCUACAACUUCCCAGCUCUUCUGUGCUGAGGCACGUUUACUCCUAUGUCAUUGGUGAUUUCAUAUUAUUCAAAUCACUGGGUCUUUUUACUUUACCUUUAAUAAUGGUAUAAUGAUAUUUAGAAACAGUUUUUAAGAGCCCUAACAGUACCAUAAGAGUGGUUGAGUGGCAAUAAAUAUUAAUAUAAAGUAGGAGAUAAAAGGAAGCAAUAUGAAAUGAAGAUGUAUAACUGCCAUUCCACCACAGAAAAAUUGACAGCAAACCUCGCACAAGAAUAAUACACAUUGUGUUACAUUCACAAUAUCUUUUAUUAGUUUUAAAAAAUAUAUUUGAAUAUUGCCAAAGGAACGAUUUAAGAGCAGACAGCUAAUAAUUUUCAAAAACAACACAACAGGUCGUAUCUUCAUCAUAGGCAAAGCCUAUAUUUAAUCCAGUAUUUUAUGGCCUUAAAAGGCCCCAACAAGACAUGUUUCGGCAAUCUACUACCAUCGUCAGUUAUUGAAUUGCACGCAGGCUAUCACUAGUGUAGGGGAGUAAAAAAUUCAAUGUUUUGCAUGCUAAAAAUUGUGGAAUGAGCCGUAACAAUACUACAAAACAAAAUAUAAAUAAAGAUGAGGUAAAAACAGAGAACAGUAUCUAUGCCACAAAGGACAGAUUUUUAUUUGAAUAUAUAAAAAUACAUUGAAAUAGUAUUGCGGUACAUGCUGCUACUUGGGAUAUGAUACAACACUAGCUACUAAGCGCAAGCUCCAUGGUCUAGUGGUUAAGACACCAGGCUAUUUAUCUGCAUAGUUACUAACCAUCUUGCAUCGUGCGGGGUGGUCCAGCAUUUCGAAGUGAUUUUGGAUGAAACAUGCAUGCGUGAUCAUAAAUUUGCCACGCAUUUAGCAAAAGUCUAUGUGUGAUAACGAAUUAUCACAAAUUCAGGGGUAAAUGUAUUUGAAAUUAGAAGAAAUUGGUUUUAUUUAAAAUAUAAAAGUGGUAUUUUAGCAGUAACUUGAGGCAUUAGAGUACAGUAUUUACAUUAUUAGUUAAUUCACUGACACGUUUCUAAAAAUUGAUCAGUUUUUUGUUUGUUUUGAGUAAUGAAAUGUUUGUGUUCAUAGUUCGGGUGCUCAAAUUAACCAUACAUUGAAACUCAAAUUGUAUGGCUUUAUUAAAAAUAUUUUUGUUUAUGUACUCGGUACAAACACUCCCUGAAAUCGUUUUUAAAACAGCUUAAAAUGCUCAGAUUUUUAACUUUUGGCUCGCAGGCCCAUAAAUGUCUAUAAUUUCUAUACCCUGUAUUGUUUUUAGUUUCCUGGAUUCCAGACCCCAUUAGACAUUAUUUUUACUUUUUAUGAAAAAUUAAGUAAAUUAAUCAGUCAGGGUUUGUAGGAGUGAAGAAUAACAAAUAUUACACCGUGUAGCAUUUUUCAAAUCUAUUGUAUUUUAACUGUGUAGUUAUUAAAUACAUUUAUUUUGAAGAAUUGGGAAAGUAGAUUAAACAAACUUUAUUUAAUUAGAAAUUUAGGGAAUAAUGUACAUGGCCCGUGAGUGUCUAUUGUUCAUGGAUAACGUCAAGAUUUUUAUAAUAUUAACUAAAUAACUCAAAAUGAUGAAUUAUGAAUUAAUUUAAUACUGAUUGAAAAUAAAUGUUCAAAUCAACAAAUGAUUAAAUAAACAAAAA